AUGACUGGAAUUGUGUCCCAGCUUUUGCUCUCUAUGGAGUCGCAUGACCCAUACAGCCUACCUCUGGCCACUACCUACAGAGCAACGGAAAACUCCCACCCAGCCGCCCUCGGCAUGAUGACUGCCUGGCACACCAUCACCAAGACAGGAACCCCUAGUUUACUCGCCAUCGACACCACAAACCAGACCGCAUACUUCGCACUGGACGUGAGCGAAGGUAAUGAUGCCGUCCAAACUAUCCUGCGUGGUCGUAUCGCAGUUGUCAGCCAACAUAUCACCGAGAUCGAGUUAUUCAUCAAUCGCUUCCGGGGAGAUCAUGGGUUUUCCUUCUCAUCCGAGGAGUUGCCAGCCAAUUAUGCGCCCCUCAUGAGCCCUCCCACGAACCGUACCAAGGCCAGUAGAGCACAGUUGUGGCAAGUUAGCAACACCGUCUUCUCCGAGAAGACUACCUACAACAUAUCAGUUGGUGACAGUUGCGUUUUCACAGAGAUGGGCUGGAACAUCGUCGAUCCGGGCACUAAUGGUAACGGCUCAACCACUCCACUCUCUUGUAUCUGGCCCGAUGCUCACCCUUACGACAACAAUGCUCGUGUAGCUCUAGUCAUCGACGAGGAGCUAGGCUUUGUGGUGCAAAGUGGUAUGAUCCCUGGCAUGGUUGAACCUUAUGGUAACAUCUCUGCCUUCAUACCCGAUGCCUUGUCUGUCGCUCAAGUCGCACAGGACGAUUGGGUAAAGCUGGUCCAGGGUGAGUUUCCUCUUCCAGCACCAAUGCCAGCUACAGGAGAUACUCUUGAGGUACUUCAAUUCUACGAUGGAAAACUCCAGGCUAUGCAGAUCAACGUCUACUUGAGCGGGCCAAACCAGACAUCUUCUUGGCUUUACUAA